AUGCUGAUUUCUUUAAAAAUCAUUUCCAUCAUUUUUUUCUGUUUUAUGGUCACUGCUCACAGAGUGAAAAGAGGAAUGCUGUCCAAGUGUAGUGGUGAUAAAGUGGAGACGAUGCGGAUGACGUGGAGCCCUUACGUUUUCAAGCAGUUUGGAAUGUACGAUUUCGUAUCAACUUACUACGGACCGGAGCAAAGUGUACAGAGACUGAAAAGUUGCAUCAGAGUCUGGCUAACUAAAGGCAAGAGAGCAUUGUUUGACGACUGCCAAGUGCACACAAGAUGUGAAUCAACUCGCAACUUCUUGAAACUUUUCUUCCCUGGUCUCAAGUGCCCGCUAAAUUGGAGACCAAGACAUAACUAUGUAACAAAGUUUUUCUACAACGAUUAUCCAGUAUUGCAGGGGGAGUUCAGAUUGCAAAUUAAUGUAUCGGAUGCUGGCCGCAACAAAAAUCUUUUCUGCAUGGAAGCUUUCUGUCCCAGCAAGAUAAGGUGGGGGUGUUUUUCGUACCAAUUGUGCUUUCACGAACACCUGAAAAUUCUUUUGUAA